AUGGACUCCUCGACUCCUACUCCUCGUCCUUCUAAGACAAGAGUGACCAUCAAACUCAACCUCGCACCAAAAGACCCGAAGCCCGACUCGGAACCUGUUACGGAAGCUGAAGCUCAAUUCGAAUCCGAGAUUGAUCUUGAAGAUGAUAUCGAGCCUGAAUCUCCAACUCCAUCAAGAAGACAACCUCAUCGGGAAGCAAAGCUCCAUGUCCUUUGGCGUGACCUCAAUGCCGGCGAGGUUUCUGCCGUCUAUCCAUGGUAUCCUGGUUCGCAGCUCGUGCAGCAUGAAAGAGAUUCUCCUGAUGCUAUGGAUGAGAGUCGCGGUUCCCCUGAAAUGGAAGACAAUGCCACCAUCGCGGAAGAUCCACUCGCAGGAAUCAAACUCAGGAAGCUUCCCGUCGGUCUUACAUCUCGGGACAUCCAAGAUCCAGAGGAGCGAUACAAGUUUGAGACGAAAAUGCAGCUGGCGAGUUCAACUGCUACGAUGGUUAUGAACUUGGACAACGAGCAGAUAAUGCGAUUCUUGGUUGAGAUCAAGGCUUGUCCUUUUACUACCUACCUCGAUGCGAACCGAGUUCUACGCUCCAUCACUGAGACAAUGGUCACCUUCGGCGUUGAAGAUAUGAUUCGAGAAGGUUACAUCAAAGGUGCAACCGACUAUCCCAUCAACCAACAUAAUCCCACCCAAGCUGUCGAUGCAUACGCUGUUAUGGAAAAUAUCUACCGCUCAGCAUCAAACACUCGUGGCGAGAUCAACUCAUACGCUUCUCUUGAUCCAGAAAACGAGAACAAGAUGAGAUGGCACCGAAGCCUCUACCACGAUGUUCGCGCCAAGAAUAUCAUUGCAGGAAUCGAAAAGGUUGAGCAAAAGUGGAAAUCAAUCACACCCCGUCGAUACAGAACCAUCUCCACCCUCCGCCUGGCUUUCGACUACCUCUCCAACAUCUACCACCCCACGUAUCCUUGGCCAUGCAGUCACGCCUACUUCGAGGCUACGCUAGAGAUGAUUCGCAUCAAUGAGAUUUAUUGUAUGCUGGUCUUUGAAGAGGAUAAGUACUCCUUCUUGGAAGGUUUGAGGAAGGCGAUGGUGGAUGCUGAGACUAGGCGGAUGAAGGAAUGGAUUGAGGCUAGGUCGGAUGAGCAGUUCUUUGAUUUGAUGGGGACUGGCUUAGCGCCGGAUUUCGAGGAUUCGUUGGAAGGUGCACUAAACCCGUACAAUUCUGCUUCUUGA